AUGCUUCUGGAGUCUGAUCUGUCCAUGAGUGAUGCAGAGCGAUACUCUCGACAAGCAAUUGUGGAAGGUAUUGGUAUAGAAGGACAGCAUAAGCUUGGUAAUUCUAGCGUGCUAGUAGUUGGCUGUGGAGGACUUGGUAUACCUGUGGCUAUGUACCUGUCAUCGUGUGGAUUGAAGAGGAUUGGGCUUAUUGAUUUUGACAAGAUAGAGAUCCAUAAUCUACCAAGGCAAGUGUUGUAUACAGAGAAGAAUAUAUCUGAAUUUAAAGUGACAGUGGCUUCUGAGUUUGUGAAGCAAAUUAACUCGUCAAUAAAUGUGUCUGUAUACAAUGAGGCUCUGGAUGCAACUAAUGCAGAGCGAAUUAUUAAUGAAUACGAUGUGGUUGUUGACUGCACAGACAGAAUAGAGACUAGGUAUUUGCUGAACGAUUUCUGCAAGUUAUUGAAGAAAGUGCUUAUCUGCGGAUCUGUUUUACAGUGGGAGGGACAGAUAUACAAGCUUAUGCCGACUGGACCUUGUUAUAGAUGUUUGUUUCCUAGCAUGAAAACUGGAGUGUUAACCUGUGAGAAUGCAGGUGUAGUUGGCCCGAUGUGUGGAAUAAUUGGAUCUAUGCAAGCAUUGGAAGUUAUUAAGUUGAUACUAGGAGAUGAUGAGUCUAGGAUGAUUGUGUUUAAUGGAACGACUUUUGAUAUUACAACGGCUAAGCUCAGAAGUCCUAAGAGUAUUUGUAAGGCAUGUACAAAUAAGAGUUUAAUUGAACCUGAUGAUAAUUCAUGCAAGGAUUUACAUACACAACAAUGCGAUGGAACAAGAGAUGAGCUUUCUUGCAAGAGUUGGCAGGAAAUAUCAAAUGAUCUAGACGCAUGGCUUGUAAUAGAUGUAAGAACUGUAAUUCAAUAUCGAAUGUUGAGGGCCAAAGGAUCUAUAAAUAUUCCACUGGAUGAGUUGAAAAGCAAGAUCAAGAUGAUAAAGUCGCAGGGGCCUGAUGUAGGAAAGAAGAUAUGCGUGGUUUGUAAGAAAGGAAUUACGUCUAAGAAAGGAGUCAAGAUUCUAAAAGACGAAGGUGUUGAAGCGUAUUCGAUUCAUGGAGGAAUUACAGAUCUGAAGAAUCAAAUUAGUAAGCAUGAUUGA